GACCUCUGUAACUCUUGAAGCUAUAUAUACGUUCCGGCCAGAGGGACCGGGUUCCGAUCACCAAACAUGAAGUACGCACAGCAAUUCAGACUGCACCACCAGACAAAGCACCAUGGGAAGACCAGAUUCCAAACUAAUACUCAAGGCUACACUGGAACUACUCGUUCCAGCCCUCACCACCGUUUUCAUACCCCCGAAGAGUGGCUACACUGAACUCAAGUUAGAUAAGCCUGUGGUACUAAUGAACACACUAGGCAAGAUCAUGGACACUCUACUGGCUAGAUGGAUUCAGCAUAUCACUGAAACAUGCGAGCUACCCCCCACAUACACAGAUAGUGGGGGGAGGAAGAACCUGCCAUGGGUACACAAAGUGUAAAGAAGGAAGGACGUUGCAAGCUUACCCAUGUUAGACAUAUCUGGAGCAUUUGACAAUGAAUCACAUGCAAGACUCCUCCACAAUGUCCAGACAUGUAGACUACCACUAAGCUCAUAUAUUGGAUACGGAGUUACUUAUCAAACCAAAGAUCUAAAAUCAAGCUGUGUAAAGGGAUCGGUCCAGAAUUUGAAGUCAGAAUAAGUACUCCACAGGGAUCACCACUGUCACCAAUACUCUACCUUUUCUUCAACGCGGAUUUACUCAAAAUAGGAAUUGGAGGCGCGCUUAUUACAGUCUACGUUCACUCUAUAGCUAUCAUGAUUGAAGGAGGCAACACAGCAUCUAACAAUAGCGUCCUCACAACCAUCUAU